AUGGCGGAAUUACCAGGAAAAAAGGGAGCACUUGGCUCUCCAUCUCCGAAGUCGCGUCGAGGAUUCGACUGCAUUGAAGCAAUUCGAGUCUUCGAAGAGAGCGUGGCUACAGAGCUCAAGCACCUAAAACUGUCGCAAAACUACCAGAUGAAUCCAUCUCAUGUGCCACUCAUCACAGAAAAGGUCAACCAUCGCAAGAGCCAUGAGGCGGAAGUCCCUCACCUAGCAUACAUUGAUAUCACUAAGAAGGUUCAAGAGCAUUUGCAGCCCAGCAUUCAGAAGCUCAGUUUCCCUGAAACCAGCUCACAGGAGGUUGGCUGGAUCGUGCUCAAAGAACUAGAGGACGGGACGGAGUGGCGACAUGACGGAUCGACAUCAGGCCUCCGAAGACCUGACUCCGAGCAGUACUGGCACGUCCCACGCCGGUCCUGCGACAUCACUAAAACAGGAGAGCUCUACUUCAAACAAAUGCACCGAAACAUGUUCCAAAAGCUAGACGCAGCAGCGAUUUAA